AAUAAAAAUUAGAUCAGGUGAAGUUGAAAAAAAUAAAAAAAUAAAAAUAAGAUCAUAAUGUUACGUUCAACUUGUGCAAGAAUAUUUAAUUGGGGUGGAAAAAAAUUGAAUGUCUCACCACGAAAUGUGAUCUUUAUAACAGGCUGUGAUUCCGGACUCGGAUAUGCUCUAUCAGUAUUUUGUCAUUCUUUAAAUAUGACAGUGAUAUCAGCUUGUCAUAAUAUCAAUUCAGUUGGCGCACGUUCCUUGCAAAGUCUCAGUGAUUCGAAACGCAUUAUAACAAUUGAGUUAGAUUUGUUAAAGCCAGACACAAUACAAAAUGCUCAGCAAAGGAUAAAGGAAUUAAUUGAUGAUAAUACCUAUUAUCAAUUUACGGCUUUAGUGAAUAAUGCCGGAAUGAUGUGCUUCGGUGAAUAUGAAUGGCAAACAUGGAAACAAAUUGAAAUGCAAUUCAAUGUUAAUUUACUUGGUACCUUGAGGUUAUCAAAAGAACUAUUACCCAUUAUAAGACAAUAUAAGGCACGAAUUAUUAACAUAACUAGUCACUGUAGUUUAAUGGCUCUACCGUCUCUAUCGCCGUAUGCUGCUUCAAAAGCUGGCGUGCGUUUUUGGAAUGACUCGUUGCGCAUUGAAAUGCAAAAGUAUGGUGUUGAAGUGAUCAAUUUUGUGCCCGGUUCUUUUGUUAUGUCCAGCAAUAUAGCAGCCCGGCAACAAGAUCACGCCAGAGAAAUGGCGGCAAAUUUCUCCACUGAACAGCACAAAUUCUAUGAUGAUUAUUUUCAACGCUUUAAUCAACAUUUGAAAAUAAUAAGCGGAUUCAAAGCGCCAAAUCAAAUGCAAGAUCGAGAUUUGUUAAAGAAAUUUGAACAUGCAUUAACAAACGCGCAUCCAAAAUCUUUAUAUAUCCACGAACCUUGGCGCUACAAAAUUUAUCGUCUGCUUAGCGAAUGGUGUCCACCCGUUAUAAUGGAUUCCUUAAUCUUAAAGUUUGUGGACAUGCCAACUUAUCAUCAACCAACUGAAGAGGGGGAAGAGUCUGUCAAAACGAAAUCUUUAAAAAUUGAAAAGUCUUAAAAUUCGUAUGCAUUUUUUGUUUUUGUAUUAAUAACUAAAUA